UGUUGAAGAGGCAUUUGUACCAGUUAUCAAGCUAUGUUUUGAUGGUAUAGAGAUUGAUAUUUUGUUUGCAAGAUUAGCACUGCAGACUAUUCCUGAAGAUUUGGACCUUCGUGAUGACAGUCUACUAAAAAAUUUAGAUAUUAGAUGCAUAAGAAGUCUUAAUGGUUGCAGGGUAACCGAUGAAAUUUUACAUCUAGUACCAAACAUUGACAACUUCAGGUUAACUCUGAGAGCUAUCAAACUUUGGGCCAAACGCCACAACAUCUAUUCCAAUAUAUUAGGUUUCCUCGGUGGUGUUUCCUGGGCUAUGCUAGUAGCAAGAACUUGCCAGCUUUAUCCAAAUGCAAUAGCAUCAACUCUUGUACAUAAAUUUUUCUUGGUAUUUUCUAAAUGGGAAUGGCCAAAUCCAGUGCUAUUGAAACAACCUGAAGAAUGCAAUCUUAAUUUGCCUGUAUGGGACCCAAGGGUAAACCCCAGUGAUAGGUACCAUCUUAUGCCUAUAAUUACACCAGCAUACCCACAACAGAAUUCUACGUACAAUGUGUCCGUUUCUACACGGAUGGUCAUGGUUGAGGAGUUUAAACAAGGUCUUGCUAUCACAGAUGAAAUUUUGCUGAGUAAGGCAGAGUGGUCCAAACUUUUUGAAGCUCCCAACUUCUUUCAAAAGUACAAGCAUUAUAUUGUACUUCUAGCAAGUGCACCAACAGAAAAGCAGCGACUAGAAUGGGUGGGCUUGGUGGAAUCAAAAAUCCGAAUCCUGGUUGGAAGUUUGGAGAAGAACGAAUUUAUUACACUGGCUCAUGUGAAUCCUCAGUCAUUUCCAGCACCAAAAGAAAAUCCUGACAAGGAAGAAUUUCGUACAAUGUGGGUGAUUGGAUUAGUGUUUAAAAAAACAGAAAACUCUGAAAACCUCAGUGUUGACCUUACAUAUGACAUUCAGUCUUUUACAGAUACAGUUUAUAGGCAAGCAAUAAACAGCAAGAUGUUUGAGAUGGAUAUGAAAAUUGCUGCAAUGCAUGUAAAAAGAAGGCAACUUCAUCAACUCCUACCUAAUCAUGUGCUUCAGAAAAAGAAAAAGCAUUCAUCAGAAGUUCGAUUGACAGCUCUAAAUGACAGCAGUCUAGAUUUGUCUAUGGAUAGUGACAACAGCAUGUCUGUGCCUUCUCCUACCAGUGCUAUGAAGACCAGUCCAUUGAAUAGUUCUGGCAGCUCUCAGGGCAGAAACAGUCCUGCUCCAGCUGUAACAGCAGCAUCUGUGACCAACAUCCAGGCAACUGAGGUUUCUGUGCCACAAGUAAAUUCCAGUGAAAGCUCAGGGGGUACUUCAAGUGAAAGCAUUCCUCAAACUGCCACGCAGCCAGCCAUUUCUCCACCACCAAAGCCUACGGUCUCCAGAGUUGUUUCCUCAACACGUCUGGUAAACCAACCACCAAGACCUUCAGGAAACACAGCAACAAAAGUUCCUAAUCCUAUAGUAGGAGUCAAAAGGACAUCUUCACCUCAUAAAGAAGAGAGUCCCAAGAAAACCAAAACAGAGGAGGAUGAGACAAGUGAAGAUGCCAACUGUCUUGAUUUGAUUGAACAUGAUAAACAGGAAACUAAGAAAACAUCCAGUACAGACCUUUCAGAUAUCCCUGCUCUCCCUGCAAAUCCUAUUCCUGUUAUCAAGAAUUCAAUAAAACUGAGAUUGAACCGGUAAAAACAACCUCAGGGGUCCAUAAACAAUAUCUGCCAACUCAACCUGUUGUCUUCUAAUGCUAAAAAGGAGAAUGGAGGGUGCAAGACUAGACAUGACUGAAAAUGGAUUUAGGUUUAUUUGGUGAACCUCCCUUACUGGGCUAAUCAGCACUUGAUCGGAAGUCCAGAAAAAUGUUUAGAGUUCUUCGUAGCAUUAAUUCUGGCUGCACUCAAGGUGGCAAUAAAUGAUCAGCAGCUCCAAGUAGCAAUUGUCAUAUGAAAGGAUAAAUCACUAAAUAUUCAAACUUGUAGAACAAGCCCUGGAAAUCUAAACUGUUAGAGCACUUAAAUGCUGCAUUUAAACAAAAAAAGAUAAACUGUUUACCUUUAAAAGGCAUUGAACAAUCCUUUGCAUAUACUUUUGCUUAUUUUACUCUUUAAUAAAAAUGAACAGUACGAGGAAAAAAAAAAA